AUGGCGUCAAAUGAGCUAAGCGUGGGGCCGUUGUCGAAAUACUUUAUUCUGCUUUGCUUUGCAGUGUUGGUUACAUGUGCUUCAUCAGAAGAGGACGAACAAACUGAUGCUGUAAACAGAGUGUUAACAGUGGCUGCAAGCGACCUCUCAAGUCAGCGGGAUACAUUAGAUGAUGGGGAAGAUGUAUCUGUGGAUGCUGGGGAUGAAGCUAACGAUCAGAAUGCUGGUGAUGAGUUAAAACGCGAUACGACUGAAAGAACAGAUGUAGACGAGGCACAAAAUGAAAUCAACAAAGUUGAAGCAUUAGGUAGUGAUGAGAGCAUUUUGGAGGAUUCUAAAAAUGACAGUGCUAGUGGUUUCUUCAGUUUAGAGAAUAUUCUAAGAACUGUUAUUCAACCAGUAUUAGAGGAGUUCAACAAUGGUAAAAGCAGUGAAGUAAAGCCAGCUGAUGAGGAAGUGACAGAAGAGGCAACACCAAUGGCAAUGCUAGAAAUUGAGACUCCAGUUGUGCUUGAAAAUCUGACAGACCCCAUGCUUGAAGUGCAAACCAGUGAAAAUGGCUCCCUUAAUGCAGAAGUGGAAAAAACAGCAAAGAAGCUAAAAUUUCAGUGCCAUGGAAAAAAUGUGACUGAAAAUGACACAGCAAUUGUGAAAAUUGUGAAUGGCACAGAACUCUUAAACAGAAUUAGUUUUAAGACCAAUGAGAGUAGGUCAGAUUGUGUGCUUGUUAUGUUCUUUGCCCCUUGGUGUCAUUUCAGUGCACAAACUGCACCCCAUUACAAUGCAUUAGGACGAGCCUACCCUAACCUAGAUGUCCUUGCAGUAGAUGCUAUUCACUUUAGCAAUUUGAAUGCCCGGUUUGGUACUGUGUCUGUGCCGAAUGUCCUCCUGUUUCAUCAGUCGAGAGCUGUAGUCAAAUUUAACCAGUCCACAAGAUCAUUUGACAACUUCGUACAGUUUGUAAAGAAUUUAACAGGUCUGGAUCCCAAUGUUUCUGUUGUGUUGGAAGAUCAAGAUUACGAGGGGCCUCUGCCAAGUGUGCCCAUCCCAGAGACAGAUUACCUGCUAUGGCUGGCAUGGGUGUUUGUCUGUGCCUGUAGUACCUAUAUGUUCACAGUGUCCUCCACAGGACAGCACAUCAUCAACAGGGUGAUGGUUUUGUGGCAGGAACACCAACAUAUCGAGUGAGCUACCUGUACCAGGUGAGAACUACUACAGUGGGCAAGGCUAAGCACUUGCCCUACCCUCACACCCCUCAAAUGGUGCUGAGAGAAGGGUGCCCCAGGAACCCCAUAGGAGUGUGUUGGUAUGGAUCUAGAGGUGACUGAGCUUAUUACUGGCCUUGGUGAGAUUUGAACUUGCCAUUUCAGAGGUUUGAGUGAUAGGAAUCAAGUAAUGUGUUCCCCUCAAAUUUUCACUAUCACAUUAUCCAGCUGUGAACUGUACCUGGUGUGCAUUUGAAAAGUAGUGAUUUAGGUCAGAGGUUCGACCCCCCUCAGCAUAGAAUCCUGGGGGCAUAGCAAGAUCAUCUGAGGAUGAGCAUGUGCUAUUUGGGUUGCGCCACACCUUCCACUGUCUUUGUAAACAAAUCUUCCCCUAUUUUCAGCAUUGUACAAACAGAUGAUGUUGUUAAGCAAUCAAUCUGAUGAGUACAGCCCUAAGGGGAUUCCCCAUCUUCUGAUGGCUCUUCACUUGUUAUGUCUAAGGAAUUUAUGAGACAUAGCUGUAAAAUGGCAAGUUUAAAGGUUUACUAUUAAAGCUUAUAAACACAGUUUCUGGUUUUCGGCACACGUUCCAUUAUGUAAUUAUGAUGCCUCUUCAUAAGGUGAUUUUCCCUCAUGCUCAAAGUGAGGGUGGGGGAUUUCUGAAAGUGACUGCAGAUGCAAAUCACCACCAUGCAGGGAAGCCUUGUCCUUAGUCGGCCCUCCACUGCACUCCCUCUGUUUUGCCAAUGUUCAUAAUCUAGAACAUUAAUAUUGUAUGGCCUAGCUCUUUAAAGGAGAAGAAAAUUUAAAUAUCAAAGAAAUACCAUUGAAAAGGGAAUGCAUUUCCUCGCAGGUGCAUACCAUAAAAAAAUUCUCAUGUACCUCAAGUUGAUAAAUUAUAAAUAAAGUCAUCGCCAAAAUCCAGCUUUCCAGAUUUAUGCCAGCUUUGCUGUUUUAAGGCUUAAGGAAAAAUAAUUUAUGGCGAGGAAAAAUACACAGGAAAAUCUUAUGAGGCCAUGGGAUGUGCCAUGUUAGAGAAACCAGAAACACAAUGUCACAUCACUCUCAUAUGGCCAAAAGGCAAAACAGGGUUCGGGUGAUGUCUUGGGAACUCUUUUGAUUUUCUCAGUGUGCAUAAUUUUGCUUACGUUGAACUGCUAUAUCUCGGCUAUGCAACAUCACAAAAAUCAAAAGGUAUGAUUUUUUAAAACUUUAUUGAUGCAGAUAUAGAUUUUGUUUAGUGUUGUGUUCUCUUUUCACUGACUGACAUCUGAGUCAUUAGGACCAUUUUUUACAUCCUAAAAAAACAAGGCUUUAGAGCCUAUUCCUUUAUGUUGGACAUACCGUAAAGUAAGAAAGAAAAGAAAAAAAAUACAUUCCCUGAUAAAUAAAGUUAGGAUAUAGAGCUGCUGCAGUGAUGAAUCUUUUUAUCACCCCCGAUGUGAGUUGCAGCCCCAUGGUACACAGUGUACACCUAUGUUAUGAUCCGCCACCUCUGUGAGUCAUAGUCAUGCCAUGUGGAGAUAUAGCGACUGAAAUGGGCGGUUUUGUCCGGUUUAGUUAAUAGCUCAACAUGUACAUGUGCAACUUCUUUAUGCCAUGCUAGUUUUAAUGAAGUA